CAAAUAGUCCUUCUUUGAUAGACAAGUGUCUCUAUUUUUUAUUUUUUUAUUUACCUUCUUUUUUUUCUGUUACAGUUAUUCAAGAAAGUAAACAAAAAGCAACAAACGGUCAAUGUCCUUAUGGAAGGUAUUUAGUAAGAUGGACAUGAAUCAUUCAUCUAUCAACAGGAGUAGUCGUACUGGUAUGACGCCAAUAGCUAUUCCUAGCCAUCGACCUAGCAAGAGCAGUAGUAUGACUGCUGCCGUUGCUCCUACCCGAAGAAAAAGGAAGCCAUUUGAGUGUGUUAUCUGCAUGAGUACUUUCAGAAUCAAUAUACCGCAUCACACCGAACAAUGUGAGCACGCUUGCUGCCGUGAGUGUAUUCGUGAUUAUUUUCAGAGUGCUCUGAAAGACGUCCGUUACGCAUCUUAUGAUAAAAUCGAAUGUCCUCAGCCGGGUUGUAAAGCUCACUUUCAUACGGAGAAAGCACUCUAUCACUUUAUGACGAAAAGCGAGAUGAAGCAUUGGUGGAAAAAAGCAAUUAUGAAGUCAUGCAUACACAAUAAGGCCUGCACCUCCCUAUGCCAUGACAAACACCAAACACAACAAAGCUCGAAUGCCCGUAUAAAGGCUGUAGGGCUAUUUAUGAUGUCGACGAUAUUAAAAUGUUUAAAAAAUGCACCUUUGUCGAAUGCUUUGAAUGUCAUCGGGGUUUCUGCGUCGCCUGUCAAAGCCCCUGGCAUCCUGGCGUCAUCAAAAAGAAAGACGAGGAAGAAGAAGAAAGACUGGCCCUGGAUGAAGCCAAAAACCAUGACUGGACUCGUUGCCCCAAUUGUCAACGUUUCGUUGAAAAAAUCGUAAGAUACUCGUCAAUAUUAUGACAGGUAUUACAACGUUUAAAGAAAAGGGGGGGUCUUUUAACUUUAUUUCUUUUUUAUUUUUUCAGAGUGGGUGCACGACGAUCACCUGUAGAUGCGGUAGUUGUUUGUAAGUGUAGUCUUGUUUUUUGCUUCUAUCACUAUGUGGGCUGAUAUAUCUUUGUUUAUCUUUUUGAAAAGCUGUUAUCGCUGUGGCGGACUUUGCUACAAUCACCAAUGUACAAACAAUUGUCAA